CUCUCUUCUCCCUCUGCUGAUUCACUUCGAAUUUUUUUUAUUUUUUUUUAUAAAAAAAAAGAAACAGAGAAAAAAAGAAAAGGAAGAAGCAAGGGUCGAUAACAAUGGCAGCAACAACAGCGAUAAUACUUGUAGUUGUAGCAUUAGCAUCAUCGGUGUUAAUAGUAGAAUCAGGGGACAACAACCACGUGUAUUCACCAUGCGGCGAUACGAAAGUACAGAGAGAAGAUGGAUUCACAUUUGCAAUCGCGUUUGCAGCUAGAAAUGCAUUUUUCUACAACAAUAACAAUAGCCUUCAAUUAUCGCCUUGCGAUUCGAGACUCUCUCUUUCAAGUCAGAGCUCUCAGAUCUCUGUUUUUAGACCUAAAGUUGAUGAGAUCUCUCUCCUUACUAUCAAUACCUCCUCUUUCUCUCCGGACAAUUAUGGUGGAUAUAUGGUGGCAUUUGCUGGUAGAAAAUAUGCCGCAAGGUCUCUUCCUGCUUUUGUUGCAAACACUACAUACACAGUAACCAGCUUUACUCUGGUGCUUGAGUUUAAGAAAGGCAGGCUGCAAAACUUGUACUGGAAAAGAGAUGGAUGCUCAAAAUGUUCGGGAAGCAACAACUUCGUGUGCCUUAACAAUCAGGACUGUGCUAUUAGAACAUCCAGCUGCAAAAACCACGGGGGUACUGUAGAUUGCAGCCUUGGGAUCCAAUUGGCAUUCUCUGGCACAGAUAAGCACCUCAGUGUUCUGAACUCAUGGUAUGAGGUAGAAAAUCUGAGGCAGUAUUCACUUUAUGGCCUUUACUCAAAUCUCAGGGAUUCUCUCACUGGCCAGUACAGUAAGAUCUUUUGAUUGUGCUUCAGCUGGGUUGUAGAAUUUUUGUUCCUGAUAUAUUGUAAUCUUCCUACUCCCCUGAUAUUUCUAUUCUCUUUUUCUAUGAAUGCUUCUCUCCGAUGUUUGUAUCUCUUGGCGGUUAUGGUGUGUAAAUUCACUUAUGUGAUCAAUUAUUGCUAACUGUAUAAGAAAAGCGAAUGCCAUGAUUGUAUUCUUUCA